GGCAAGGGACACGGCCCCAAAUCCCGGCCCUGCCGCUGCCGCGGCGCACGGAAACCCACCUCCACCGCGUGCGCCGUCGGCUGCUCGCUUGCUCGCCCCUCUCCCCAUCCCUUCCGCUCCCGCCGACACCGAGCGGCCCCGACGCGGCGGCGGAGCUCUGCUGCCGACAUGGCGCCCCCGCCGCGCGCCACCACGGUCCUCGCCUGGGGGUCCGGGGAGGACGGGCAGCUGGGCAUGGGCGGGAGCGAGGAGAAGGACUGGGCCCACUGCGUGGAGGCCCUGGAGCCCUACAACGUCACCGCCGUCGUCGCCGGCAGCCGCAACUCCCUCGCCAUCUGCGACGACGGACGCCUCUUCACGUGGGGGUGGAACCAGCGCGGCACGCUCGGGCACCCGCCGGAGACCAAGACGGAGAGCUCCCCGGGCCCCGUCGACGCCCUCGCCGGCGUCAGGAUCGUCCAGGCGGCGAUUGGCGGGUGGCAUUGCCUCGCGGUAGACGACAAGGGCCGCGCGUACGCCUGGGGAGGGAACGAGUACGGGCAGUGCGGCGAGGAGCCUGAGAGGAAGGAGGACGGGACGAGGGCGCUCAGGAGGGACAUCCCGACCCCGCGGCGGUGCGCGCCCAAGCUCAAAGUCCGUCAAGUAGCUGCUGGAGGGACGCACUCAGUGGUUUUGACUCAAGAAGGUCACGUCUGGACAUGGGGGCAGCCAUGGCCUCCUGGUGAUAUCAAGCAAAUAUCUACACCAGUACGUGUGCAAGGUCUUCAGAAAGUGAGGGUGAUUGCUGUAGGCGCAUUCCAUAACUUGGCACUAACAGAUGAUGGAAUUUUGUGGGCAUGGGGUAAUAAUGAGUAUGGUCAACUGGGAACUGGAGAUACCCAACCAAGGUCACAACCAAUCCGUGUUGAGGGGCUAUCUGAUCUCUUACUGGUUGACAUUGCUGCUGGAGGUUGGCAUUCAACUGCUCUAACCAACGAGGGAGAGGUGUAUGCUUGGGGUAGAGGAGAACAUGGGAGGCUUGGAUUUGGAGAUGAUAAGAGUAGUCACAUGGUGCCCCUAAAGGUUGAACUUCUAGCUGGAGAGGACAUUGUCCAGGUAUCAUGUGGAGGAACCCAUUCAGUGGCGCUAACUCGAGAUGGCCGAAUGUUUUCUGUAAGUAAAAUUUAUCUCCAGCUGGUUACCGUGUGCUUUGCAAGUAUCUUUUGGAGUACGGGAGGGGUGAUCAUGGCCGUCUGGGCUACGGCAGGAAGGUGACGACGGGCCACCCCCUGGAGGUGCCCAUCGACCUGCCGCCCCCGAAAUCCAGCACCAGCUUGGACGGGCAGUGGCAGGCGAAGUACGUGGCCUGCGGCGGACGGCACACCCUGGCCAUCGCCGAGUGGAAUGAGGCAAACGACUGAUCUGCGUGCCACUCCUGAGCUGGACAAGUGUAUUCCUACUACAGCGAUGGAAGAAUAAGCAUAAAGCAAUGCAGAAUUAGGCAUCGUAAGAGUUUUAUUAUACGAGCUGAGUUUUGGUAACGAAGAACAACAGUCGGGAAGGGAACUUUGUGCAGAGAUAAAUGAGGUUUUGGUGUUUCGGCAAUAUAUCGAUGAACUAAUUCUGGUCUGUGGUCACUGUGUUCGGUGGUCAUUUAAUCUACGAUCACCAAUGUGGACGAUUGCAGCAGAAAGAACCACUGCGUUAUACAACAGGAACAGGGUGUGUUUUUCGUGUCUGAAA